AUGUUUCAGGUGCAGAGAUGCGACGGCGCUCGCCCAACAUGCCAACAAUGCAUCAAGGCUAACACACCAGCAGAAUGUGUGUAUGGCCAGGGGGCAGAGCUAUCUGGAAUCCAAAUGCUCGAGGACAGGAUCAGCAGGCUUCAAGGACGUAUCGCGUUUCUCGAGAGCAACACCGCGGGUCCAGUCUUGUUACACGACCCCUAUGCUCAGCCUCGCCAAACCCAGCCAACGCAGGUCACCGCCGAACGUCGCGUGCUCCCCCCUACUACGACGCAGGCUCUAUUGCGAUCAUUCUCGAGCGGUGCAUCUCAGGUUGGAUUCUUUCUGCAUGUCUCGCGCUUCCUCCAGCGCACGUCGGCCUUACCGCUUUCAGAGUUGCCGAGACAUGUGUCGACCUUACUGAACGCCGUCUAUCUCCUCGGCGCGUACUUCUCCACGGACACCGACUCACAAAACCUCCAGACUGACAUGCUCGCUUACACAUUGGAAGACCUCUCGUCCACGCUCGUAGAUCUGCAUCCGCCUGCGAUCAUGGACGUUUUGCAGGCCGAGGUGCUCCUCGCAUACUAUUUCUUCUCCAACAAUCGCACAGUCGAAGGCGUCUACCACAUGGAUGCUGCUUCCGCGAUCGUGCUUGCAAGUAGGUUGCACCAGAUUCGCAGUGCGCGGUACGCGGCGGUGGCGGGCGGUACCGCGUCUAGAUAUCAGCUCGCCCCUCCUGUGGACGCCAUUGACGAGGGGCAGCGCAUCAACGCAUUCUGGAUGACUUUCAUCCUUGACAGAAACUGGUCGUUGGCGCUAGGUAGGACACCAGUUCUGACCGAUGAUGAACCAAGGGGGACCGAGAUAGACACUCCGUGGCCACGCUGUAUCGAGACGUACGAAACUGACCCGCUGCCUGAAGGCGUCCGCAAUUUACGCACCGUCCAAACAUUCCUCUAUGACCCCAUAUUCUCAAACGAUGCACAUAACCCUCUAGCCAUGCAUUCCAAAGCUGCAGCGCUUUACAGCGCUGCCGCCCGAAUUGCCGCUCAGUUCGGCACUAUGCCUAAUACCUUUCCUACUGGCUGGCAAUCCUUGGAUCAUCGUGUAGCAGAGUUCCAACUGGUCUUACCAGCGGCGGAUCACAUCCACCCUAGGCGACGAGACCUCCUCAUAAAGAUACUCCUGAUCAAUUUGCUUGUGCAUGGCGCGACCAUAGAACUGCAUCAGCCCCUCGAGGUACAGGGAAACGGGAUCGUACCGAAUUCUAGGAGUCUCGCUGCCGCUUUGGCGGCUGCGAACGUACUGGGCCGUAUGAACAUUGGAAGCAUUGUACACGUAGACCCUAUCAUUGGAUUCUUGUUGGCCUCCGUCGCACGGAUCCUCAAACGCGCGCUUGUCUCGCUCAGGCAGAAUGCUGCUGCUCAUGGCUCUAAUGAAGAGAACAACCUGCUCGUAUCUCUCGCCCACAUCCGGUUCGCGUUUGAAACAUGGGGCCAGCGAAACGCUUACAUCCGUAAAUAUCUUUCUCCCUUCCUCUUUAUCGUAUGA